UACAGGAUCAACUUCUGAAUGAUGGGACACACGACCUUGAACGAAGACUACGAAGUCGACCAAAGAGCCGUCAUUGGGCGUGGCCGCUUCUCCACCGUCAAACUUGCAUUUAGCAGACGACACGGUCGCCAUGUUGCCGCCAAAAUCACUCCACUCUCGCGAGAAAAUGACGACCCAAUCUCUAACGCCUCGCAGGAAUUCCAGAUCCUGUCCAGACUGGAUCACGGAAACAUCAUCGACGUUUAUGAUCACUUCGUGGAGGCGGGGUCCCUCUGGAUUUUCAUGGAGCAUGCGCAGAACGGCGACCUGAGAAAGUUCGUGCACCUGCGCAGACGGCUCUCUAUAAAAUUGGCGCGAAAGUUCUUCAGACAAAUUUUGGACGCAGUGGCGUACAUGCACAGCCAAGACGUGGUUCACAGAGACAUCAAAUGCGAGAAUAUUUUAGUCACAGGAGAUGAGGGUAUAGUGAAACUUUGCGAUAUGGGAUGUGCCGUUUCACUCACCGAGAGGACCGAAUCCGACCCGCCGUCCCAACACCGGGAGGGGAUCUACGGUUCUCCCGCCUACGCCGCACCCGAGGUGUUAGACCGUACGGCCCGGGGGUUGAAGCCGGCCGACGUGUGGUCCACCGGCGUUGUGAUGUUCUUCAUGGUAUGCGGCUACCUGCCGUUUGGCUGCGACGAUGUGCCCAGGAUACGGGCCCGGAUGACCUCGCCUCUCCGCUGGCCUAGACCUUUGAGACAAAUCGAUAAAGACUGUCGUGAGUACGUGGAAUCCAUCUUACAACUGAGACCAGAGGAUAGGCCGACCGCUGCCGAUGCACUACGAGGAACUUGGAUGAAAAAGAACUGAAUAUAACUCGUACCACCAAUGUUGAAUCUCAGUACCUAAACAUGUCCGUGUUAAACUGUUCAUUAGUGCACUGUUCGCAUUGGGAUGGGGAAUUUCAAUUUUCGGUGUGCACAUGACAUGAACUUGAAUGCAAAGUUAGAGAUGUCCGUUUUGUUAAAUGCCAUAAACUUUCAUCCAAUGAGCGCACAUCAUGCAUCAAAUGGUUUUAUGUUUUACUAAUACCAUGUAAAACUUUUUAUAUAAAAGCUUAAGUUUUUUGCGGUUAAAGGUCCGCAUAGUUAACAAUAAAUAAGCAACCUAUGCAUAGGUUGCUUAUUUAUUGUUAACUUUACUUCAGGUAGUUUUUGAAGGCCCACUAGAGAGUUUCGGAAAGUCAAUACCUGACAAUCCAUUGACGUAACCAGGAACACUUUCGUUUUUUUAUUCAGAGUUAACUGAGAUAAAUGUCUAAAAAAACUCAGAACACUACAAAGCCAAACUUGGACCAAAAGCCAAGCUUGGACCAUAUUUUCAGUUAAAAUUGAACGUAUUUUUUGGCUCUUGCCCUUUAUGAUUUGAAGAAAAAGAAAGACAGCACAUAUCCUGAAAACAAAUUGUGUAAUGCAUUUAUCGAAAUAACAAAAGGUAAAAUAACCUUUCUUUUGCAAAAUCUCUGUGUGAACUCUUUAUAAACAAAUAUUGCUACGUAACCCCAAAUUUAAAUGCGUUCUCAUGGGCAAGAGUAGAUUCUUUA